UGUUACUAUUGAACUUGUUAUAACCCUCGAGGAUUUUUCUCCAUGGUUUAGGUGGCGCUGCCUAAUUUUCUUAGUAUCUUUCCGAACGGAUACGCGCACGCGCCGAGUGGACGCUGUUUGGAAAGAUGGCGGAACAUUAAUAGCCACAAAACCAACUAUUCUUAUAUGUGUUGCUAUUUUUUGUAUACGUUGAUAACAAAAACUUGUAUUGGAAACAUUGAAAGUUGUUAAAAUACUAUACCGACAAUAUUAGUGAGAGGUUACACAAAAAUACAUUUUAACAUGUCUAAAACGCGUCUUUUGCAUGAACGUAUCAGCUCAGUCAUGGACAUGCUAGCCUGCUCUGCAGUAACAGAGAUUUGCAAGUUAGUGGAGGAUUGCUAUGGAGCGUUACGCGUAGAAGUCUUUCAAAGUAAGGAGCAAAUCAAAAUGCUGGAGGAGAAACUCAACCUUGCAGAGUCGAAGAACAGGUCGAUGAGUGGCCGGCAGCUGACGUCUCUCACUAGUCCUUGCGAUUCACGCGCGACCAAUGCCGAUGCUGUGGAUAUCGUGGAAGAUGAAGAUGGGAAGGAUUUUAAGGUGGAGGGUGUCUCUGGUAAUCAGCAUUCUCUGUGGAGAGCAGUGUCCACAGCACCAACUGGUAAGGCUGGGUCCCCCACACCGACAUAUUCUCCCACUGCAUUUGCUCCUCGCCCCUUUGGCAGCUGCAUCGAAAAGACCGGGUCCAUCGGUUCCUGUGACAAACCCAGAAAGCGACAUAUUACCAGUUUCAGGGUUGGGGAAACUCCCAAGAUAAAGCCAUGCACCACAUGCUGUUCCCUCUACCACUGCCCUUUCUGCCAACCAUCUGCAUUCAAACCCAAUGAGUUCCACAGAGUCAUCCCUCACAUACAGAGCCACCUCAGAAGUGCUGUUCAGAACGACGAGUACGUUGUAUACAACUGCAAACUGACGUGCAGAGACAGACCUCAUUACCACUGCACUUAUUGUGACCAUUUAAUAAGCAGAAAAGACUUAUUCAUAAAACACUUAAAAGCUUGCAGAAAGCACACCCGGACUGCCCGUGUGGAAGCUCAAACCUCUGCCACCAUGCAACUCCAGGAACCGCGUUCUCCGGCCCAGAGUGCUCUCACCCCGACAACAUCCACGCCAGUCGUCGAACCAAUCUCAUCCGACGUUCCCGAAAGGACAAGCCCAGGACCUUUGGACCCGCAGAGCUCAUCAGUCGCUCCUGAAACUCUAACUAGAGACCCAACUCAGACUGAAAAAACAACAAAUUCCACCGAUCACGGUCUUGUCGCUCGUCCCUCAAACCUGGACUCCGAACCCUUGUCCCCUGAAGUGUACAGCGGCCCGCCGACCCCGCUGAUUGAGACGGAGCGGACAAAGGGACAGAAGCCUCUUCAAAGGGACCCGGUUCCCGUGCAGAUCCAGUGCAACCAUUGCGGCAUCAUCCUGAACAGGAAGAACUUCAAGGUGCACAUGAGACGGAAGCACCACGCCGAGUACGUCGCCGAAGAGAACGAGGAGGCCUUGAGGAGGUACCUGGCCAACACCAGGACGGACGUGCCUCCCUGGCGCCGCCCGACCCGAGUCCAGUGCGACCUCUGUGGCAUCCGGCUGAACAAAAAGAACUUCAAGAAGCACAUGAAGCGGAAGCACAGAGUCCACGUGACGCCAUUGGACUUCCAGGAAAGCCUGGAUAGGUACCUCGGGGAGCAAGGCCUCUUGGUGGUCGAGAGCUCAGUGCUCUGCUCCGCUCGUGCCGACACACAGGUCACAGGGGGGCGAGAGAGGUGCAGAGAGGAGGGCACCACCGACCUGUUCCUGGACAUCGGUGUGGGAGGAGAGCAAGGCAUCAGCUUCUCGGACGCCAGCGCGUGCCUGUCUUUGGAGACGGACCUGGUGUCGCAGCACUUCAAAGGCGAGACCGUGCAGGUCGGAAUGAAUCCUCACAGGUACCAUGGCCUGGGGAAACCUCAUCUCCUGGAGCUGCCUUUAGAGUCACUGCUGUGGAUCUUCCGGGAUGUGUUGCGUGUGGAUGGAAAGAGAGCCUACUGGAACCUGUCUCUUGUUUGUAGGACCUUUCACACCAUCUUGAGAAAUGAAAUCAUUACAAAGUACUCCUCGGGGAAGAGAUCUGAUCCUGAAUCCCGGCAGUAACUGAAAAGAGAGGACCGUACAUUUUGGUUAUAGAUGACUGAACGAUGAUUCAAAACAUUUUAUGAGAUGACACAAAGUACCACAAAGGCUUUUAGUUGUUUGGUCAAUACUCAGGAAAAUCUGAAAAUGUAUGUUUUUUCAGACUGUUACCUUGUUCAGUGGCAUUGUCAUUGCUGUGAUUCACUGUCUAAUACUUCACUGGUUGUAAACCAAGUUGGGUUACAACCAGUUGUGAAGCAGAGGCUUCAGAGGACAGUGCACAUUGUUCUUGCAAUAAGGGGGCUAAGGGGGAGAUCCAUUCUUCAUUUCAUCAUGCUUUAGUGUCUCACAAUGGGUGGCUUCAAAUGUUAUUAACAACCGUUGUGCUCAACAACCAAAACAGGUCACCGUUUUAGUGUACUUACUGUGUCGCUAUGCUAUUUUUUUCCCACCUUUUUGGAUGUCAGUAUUUCAGUACUGCUGACAGAGGUCAUCUUAAUGAAUAAAUUACUCUCUUAAAUAACCAUUUGUAAACAUUAUAUACAGUGAACAUAAAUGUAAACGCUCAUUCCUUGUUGUGAAAGAAAUCCAAAUACUUGGAGGUACGUCAUGGCACUGUCCAAAGGAUAAUUAAUAAAUGGAGAUCAUUUUAGAUCACCGUCUAGGAUAGCCUGACAGUCCAAUCUAAUUUAACCCAAGAGCCAACUGAAACUACCUGUGUUACAUGUCAGUGCCUGCAGACAAGGCCACAAAGAACCUAUCAAAAACAUGUAGGAAUGUACUACUGAAGUUUGUUAGACAACCCCUGAGUGCUGAACAGGCAUCUGCUCUGAACAGAUAAGUUAUACCAGGUGAGUAUGAUUGAGAGCAGUCAUUUUUAAUGACAACCCAGGAGCAAUUAGGGUAAACUGCCAUGCUCAGGUACUGAUUUUUUACCUUGCGGGCUUAGGGAUUCGGCACUCUUAACAAUGCUACCCUGCUGCAAAUAUUUGUAUUUUUCGACAGAACGGAAAUAAAGACAAAGACAAAUGGAAUGCCUGAGUCAAAGCCCAGAUCUUUAUCCUGUAAUGAUGCUGAGGUGGGCUCGAGCUGUCAUACAUGCAACCGGUUCUGUUAGGAUGUGUGGGCAGAAGUUAUUUGUAAUCGAUGUAGGAGAUAGUAUCGGAAAAGCCUCCUAUAAAUAACAGCCAGAAAGAAAUCGACAACCUUCGGAGGAAGCUGCUCUUGACAAAAUUCCAGAAUUCCCGACGAAGCGCUGAGAGAUUUGGA